AUGAAAGGCUGCUCAUACUGCCACCGAACGUUCCACAAGACAGAGCAUCUUCUCCGCCACGAGCGCUCUCAUACAGGGGAGAAGCCAUAUAGAUGCGAUACAUGCGGUCGCGGUUAUGCACGGAGCGAUGUCCUCCUUCGCCAUGUUAGAUACUUUCACCCAAACAGUGAACAGAGAGAGCGCCGAAGAUCCGAUGUCUCAACAAACGAGAAGAGCCGACAGCGCCGACAGAGUGUACUGGCCGAUUCCAUAAAUGUCUGUUCGAUACCACCACUGGAGACGGAGGAAGGAUCGGAAGGCGACACAGAUCAGCAAGAGGAUAAUCAUAUGCGCGAUGAUGCGCAGCCACAACAGCAGGAGGAUGCUUCUGUAACUGUCGAUAACUCGAUGGCGCAGUUCUCAACGUCCGAUCUUGACGCAUUGGCUACGGUAUCAAUGCUGCAAGCUCUCCACGAACAGCCGACCGAUUCCACGAAGUUGGCUUUGGAGGAUUCUUUUGAUGAUCGACGGCCUGCGAACCAUUCCCCUGCUAUUGGCCAGCAGAAUAAUGAGCUAUCGCCGAUGAGCUUCUCGCAUCAUAUGGUAGAGACAUCAUUGGAGACAGCUACCCCGACUUUGUUCACCGCCAAUGCCGAAUUUCUCAGUCCUGGAGUGUCAUUGAGCACCAGGGCAAAUGUAUUUCAUUCUCACACUGCGGCCUCGUCGGGUCCUUGGGGGAAUAAUGAAGCAUCCCUCACGUCGAUGAGCAACACAGAUCUUCUGCAUUACGCUGGAGCUCUGGAAUUAUUACAACCCAAUCUCAGCCACUUGGACUUUCUCGACUUUGGUCUUGGCGAAACUUCACCUGGUGUUCGCGGAUCUCAAGCUUCGAGUAACAGCGUCGACCCUGUCAGCAGUAUCCCCCUCGAGCGCUUCGCAAGAGUAGCGGCUCUAUGGCCCAGGAACCGAACACACUCAGCAAGUCAAAUCGCCUCUAAAGUCUGGGCGGACGUGGUAAACUAUCGUGGUGAUGGUAUAUUUACAGAUGUCUCCAUUUCGCAGUCGUCACCAAGCUCAACAAUUGGUACUGAGAAUGAAUCGAGAUGGGGAAUGGACGAAGAAAAGAGACAGGAUCUCAUCCGAGAGUUCGGGUCACCGAGUUCCAGCGUUGAAUUUCUACCCGCGAGACUAUUGAACCUUGGUCUCACCAUUGCAUUUCGACAGCCUCAUUCUCUCGUCCCAUUUAUACACCAACCCACGUUUUCAGCAAAGUCAGCAUCUAACUCAGUUGUCUUCUCAUUAUGUCUCCUAGGUCUGGCUAUUCUGGACUCAUCAUAUGUGAAGCCAUUCACCGCACACUACUUGCCAGCAGCUACGGAGAAAUGCUGUUCUCAAUUAGCGAUACCGUCAUUUGGCCCUGAUGGAUCGGCGCAGCUUGUCGAGCGCCUUGCGUCCGCUGCUUUACUUCUGAUGGCCUGGUCGAUAAGCUCACCACAUGGUGCUCGCGAUGCCUUCUUGUCCAGGAUGCUUUACAACCAGACCAUGAACGUACGUUUAAACCCUUCCGUUCUUCUCCUCUCGCCCAAAGCUGACGACAUGACGUACUUUCAGCUUGUAAAAAUGUCAGGGUUAUUGAUGCCGCGAUCUUCAGCGUUUAGUAUCGACAACCUACUCAGCCAAGCGAACUCGGCCAGAGUCAUUCAUGACCCAGCACAGAGCGAUGACUGGGCGUGGAAAGCAUGGGCUCGAACGGAAAGUUUUAAGAGAUUAAUAUCGACAGUGAUAAUGAUUGACGCAUGGUGGGCCUCCAGACAAAACACAGAGCCACUCAUUUGUACUUCCGUGGUGCAAUUGGAGAUGUCAGCAUCAAUCGACUUGUACCGGUCGUCAUCAGCAAAGUCAUGGAGGAGUGGUUGUCGCAACGCUGGCACCAAUCCAACCACAGAACCUGUCAUAAUACGAAUGCACGCUCCGUCUAUCACAUUGACACCACUGCAAGAAACAUCACCCAUUGGCAUGACUGGCUUGUUAUCUGUCAUCUGGGCACGCAUUCUUCAACAUCAGCACCAGUCGAGAGGAGCAAGGGAUAUAAAUGGAGAUCAGCCUACCGCCAGUGUCGAUGCUUCGACCGAGACAGGCAAUAACAUUCUUCGUGUGCUAGGCGAUAUCUACACAAACUACUCGAGGUUUCUGCGAUACCGGAACCCCAACUGUAUCGCCCAAUGGCACUUCCUCAACCUCAACGUACUGGCCAAUCUUGAAAUCUUCGAAAUGGCUUCCGGUCGCAACGGAGCUGAGAGCGCAUACGCUGCAUUACAAGAGAUCGCCAACUGGAGUCAGACCCAGUAUGCACGACGAGCCUGUCUCCACGCUGCAGGUAUAUACGUCGCCAUGAGCCGAAGACGCGCAAACGAUGGUGUAAUGCUCCACUCCGACAUGUCCUUAUUCACUGCCGCGCUUGUCCUGGGACUUUACGUCUUUAUGAUGCAACCGAACGAAGGACAUACUGAUGCUGACACAGAGUCAUUUGAGUUACUCAACGAUAUCGACUGGACUAAUCUAUGUGACCCAAUGUCUAUAGUAGAGCAUGCUGGGGAUAAUACAGCAAUGUGUGAAGCGGGAUAUAAUGCUGCCAAGAUGAUCUUGCUCGAGUUUGCGAGCUUGUUAGAAGAGGUUGGGAAGUGGAAUGCGAAAGAACUGUGUCAUAUUCUACGGAUAAUGAGCGACUCUUUGAUCGAAGUCGACGACCGUUUGGGUGGUGAUUGA